CUGGUCGCAACUGAGAUUGCACUAAGAAUCCAAGAUGCCAUCGCAUUGGCACGCGCUUCUAGCCGCGCUUCUUGUGCUGAUUGCCGACGCGGUUAGCGCAUGGAGCUACGAGAACGUGCUUCGAGUCGACUCGGUGCAGGCGCUGCGGGCGUCGGGCAUGGAAUCCUCGCAGAAGCUCUGGGUUCUCUUGUACAGCGACGACACCGAGGCCAGCGCGCUCACCGCUCUCGACGACGUGGCGCGCGAGCUGCCAUACGCCGUGCGCACAGCCUGGAUCUCCAAGGAGGUUGCGACGGCCGUUGGCCUCCAGUCGCUCAACCCGCCGCUGCUCGUGCUCCUGCGCGAGAAGCCGACAUGGAACCCCUACAAGGAGCGUCUCUUUCGCCCGCCCGAGCCAAUGCCGAUUGCGCCGAGCCAAAUGGACCUUCGCACGCUCAAGAAGCUCGUGCGGGAGCGUGCGCCGUCGAACGUUCUUGCGGCUUGGAACAUCUCGUGGCCGCCCAGUGAAACCCGCGUCGUGCUUCUGACCAAGAAGAAGACGCCAUCGCUCUUGUACAAGGCGCUCUCGGUAGACUUUCCGUCGAUACGAUUUUACUUGGUGGCCGACGAAGGCGACGCGCAUGGUCAAUUCCCCGUUGUGUCCCUUCCGACGCUGCUCAUGGGGACCUCGGAGGCCGACUACAAGGUCUUUCCAUCAGAGAAGGACAUGACGUCGUAUGAAGACCUCGCGAGCUUUGUCCGCGACCAUGCACCGCGCGACGACAACGCCGUCGACACAGCCGAGCCCAAGUGGCUCAGCACUGCCGCGCUAGAGGCGGUGCUUGCGGACGCCCGCGCCAGCAAAAACGCCACUGCGUGGCUCGUCCUAGCGCAGCCCGAGACCACAUCGCCCAUUGACAUUGCCACAAGCACCGACUGGGCGCAGUGCGUCCAGGAUAUUCGCUCGAAAGCUGGUCUUCUCGUCCGCAUCGCGCUCGUGCUGUGUGAUGCACCGUGGUGUGAUGAGAAGCCCGGCGUGUACCAUCUCCCGUAUGGAGCCAAAGGUUCGAUCUCAGCUGCCUCGCUGUUGCCGCUGCCAUCACUCGCUGUCGCCGCUGCGUCGGUGCUCCGCACACUGCCCGACACGACGUCGGGGCUCUACGGCAGCACCGACUUGAACGCGUUUUUUGGUCGCAUGCUCUCGAGUGACACGCUCAGCUUUGUCCUCUUCACGACCAAGGACGAGGCCCCGACCGUCGUGCAAGCCGUCGCACUUGCCUACGCGCACCGUCUGCAGUUUGGCGUCGUCUACAAGCCGUCGCCCGAGAUCAAGGCGCAGUUUGGCAUUGGCCACGUGCCGUCCAUGGUCGCGUUCAUGACGCCGCGCGAUCCGGACGUGCCAAAGGAGCAAUUCUCGAUGGCCUUUUACGACAAGAAGCAACUCGGACCGCCGACGUUUGAGAACAUUGCGCGCUUCCUCGACCAGCUCCUUGCGUCGUACGGCCCGGUGCCCGCAACAACGGCCGAGCCGAGUCUUGUGCACGUCGACAGCAGUGAGAGCUUGGCGUCCAUCUGCAAUGGCGCAACCUUGUGUGUUGUCAGCGCUGUUGCCGACGCGAUUGCGCCGCACAAAGCCAUGCUUUUGGAGCUCGCACGUCAAAGCAAGGCGGCCGGCAGCCCCGUCGUGUACGUCUGGCUUGAUGGCACGUGCCAAGCCAGCGUGGCCCAGCAGCUCGGUAUCGAGAGCUGGCACUUGCCCAGCGUCGCGGUGUACUCGCCACUCAAGCACCGCGUUGCGUCGCACGCCGGUGUCUUUGACGUCGAGAGCGUCCAAGCCUUUGUGCACAGUGUUCUGUACGGCAAGACGCGAACGAUCGCCAUCGAUGGACCGCUGGCGUGGACCGACCCAGCAACCUGCGUCGCGCGCGCAGCGGAGGUGGCUUUGCCGAUUGUCGAGGAAGACGACGAAGAGAUGGCCGACAUGAUGGCCGAGAUCCUCGCCGACGAGGCCCGGGAAAAGGAGGCGCGGAAGCGCGCGCUGCAGGAAGAGAUCGCGGCGGCCAAGAAGGCGGCAGAAGCUGCUGCGACGCCAACCAAGCCCAAGAAGAAGCUCAAGAAGAGAAAGAAGAGGACGACCAAGACGCCCGUAAAGGACGAAUUGUAGUUGUACAUAUCGACAUGUGCUAGGCACGAAUCGCACAAGAAAAAAUGAGAAAAUUUAUUGAUGUAUUGUGUGUAAAA